ACAUUCGUGUUGUGCUUCGAUCAAGCUAAUACUGUAGUUUUUAAUAAAACUAAUAAAUCAAAAUAAUAGCAUUUAAUGUAAUGCAAAUACCUAAUCCAUAGUUAAGUAAAUUUUCCAGAUGUUAACUUUGCUUGGUAUGUAUCAAUUCUUAAGAAAACCAAACUCAAAUUCGGCAUUAGAAAAUUGGUCUCCAAAACCAAUAUGGACGAAAGAAGAACUAAAUUUGUUAAAAGAAUUGACUUUCUCUAGUUUACCCACAUGUUGCGUGGAUGAUAUAGUUAAAAAGAGUGACGCUUUUCCUCUAAAAUUCCCAACUACCACAAACAAAUGUGCGCAUUUAAAACUUUUGGUAUCCGAGAAUGUAUUAAACAGAAAUAUCAAUUCCGCUUACCCGGUUAUUCAUGCAUCGGUACUGAAGCUAUGUUGUGAUUUUCUGUUAUAUAAAAGGCAACAUGGAAGUAAUAGAGAACAAAAAUAUUAUAAAAACAAAAAUGUUAUGGACUUGAUCAAUAGAUUGUUAGUGAAAAGACCGGCGGUGUUUGUAGGACCCGAUGAUAAAUAUUUACUUUUAGAUGGUACUUUUGGUAGAGGUUCUUGGGAAAAUAUAGGAACUGACUAUGAAAAACCCCCUCUAACAUUAGAUAAUUAUUUAUCUUACGAUGAAUUGAAAAUAUCGUCUUUGUUGUCAAUCAGUUCUUAUACUCACUUUAUGAAUAAAGGUCACCGAAGCAAUAGUGGUGUUUACGAAGAAGAUAGAAGUGCGAUCGAAGGAGAAGGUAUAAUAAUCGGAAUCGUAGGUCCAAGACUUCCAAAAACCAACGCUGUCGAAAAUCAAGAAAUAAUAUUUUCUAAACAAUCGCAAACCAAAGAAAACGGUUUUGGUAAAUCCGUAAUAAACAGUAUACCAAAAUUAUUCGCGGAUUUUUACGGUGAAGAAUGCUUGGAUUAUAAGGAGAUGUUAAAAAAGAAAGCAGAUGACACGCAAGGCAGAUACGUUCUUUUAUUAAAACAUGAGUACAUUUUUGAUAAUAUUUUUUAUUACAAAAGACUUACUAUAUCGAUUGAUACUUUGUUGGGGGAAGCUAAUACAAGAGGAAAGAACGCAUCGAAAUUUUCAUUUCUACAUGUUGUCGGGAUCGGAUUGGGAGUUUGGAAAAUUUCUCCGCAUCAAGAUAAAGCUUUCAUGGACGCAUUUGCUUCAAGAAUAUUAUCCUUGGGACCGAAAUUACAUCAAAUUAGCGAUAUAUGUUUUGCUUAUAUUAACGAAACAAAAUGUGGAGAUUUCGGAAAUGGAGAGGCAAUUCCUAUCGAAAACCAUCCAAAUGGAGGAAUAAGAAUUCAUAUACAAAAUAGACAUCCACAUCAAAAGUUAAUAAACGAACAUGAAGACAAAUUAUUGGUGGUGUCAUACGCUUGGGAUGGAAAUUCUCUUCCAGGAAACGAAUAUUGGUCCGGAAGUUUGAGAUCAAGCUCUGAUCCUGCAGCAGCAUGUUCGACACAAAUUACUGAGCUUCAUAAUCCUCAUAUAAAUACUAGAAUAUGCGCAGAUAAUUUAAAAAUCGUUACGGAAGGAGAUGUUAUUUCAUUGCAGGAUUACUUAAAGACAAUUCCUAUGUUAUUGUAAAUUGGGACUUUUCCAAAAUAUAUGAAUCAAAUAAAUAUUCUGAUCAUCAAAUUUCAUUUGCAUUCUUAUGAAAAAUAAUUUUGAUUUCUGGUCUAUUUUUAUCAAUAACGUAUUUUCUAAUAGAAAAUUAUUUGACAAUAAAAUGUUUUUAUUAAU